AUGACGCCGUCGUACCCCCUGGGGCCAUCGCUCACAAAGGCCGACAAGGAGGCGCUGUGGCUCCAGCUGAAGGCGCUGCUGGAUGCCGAAGGCCCUGCACGCAAGACCGUGCAGCAGUGGCAGGCCUUCUGGCGGGAGCAGCGGUUCUACGCGGACCAGGCGCUGGCCCUUGUCAGGCAGCAGCAAAGGGGCACCGGAGGCGGUCAGCUUGCUGGAUUCCACGGCCGCAUCCUGCAGCUAACCGGAACCGCGCGGGUGGAUGGUGGGCGAGCCGCUGUGUACGGGCGGUCGGAAGCGUUGGUCCCCCCAGAUGAGAGCCUGCAGGCGCGAGCUCUCGCUGGGGACUUCCGGCGGCCUCAGCCCAUCCAGCCAUUGCCCGCCCAGCCUACAGUUUCGGUUGGCGAGACGCCCGGCACCAGUGGCUUGCAGAGCGUUGCACGCGGUGCCGGUGGUGUGGCCGAGCAGGAUGCGGCCCAGGAGUGCCUGAGUGCUCCAGCUCCACCACAACGCCAAAGGCGCCGCCGAGUGCCGCCGGCGGGUGCCCGUGAAGCCCUCCCACGCCUAGUGGAACUGCACACCCGGAGCAGUGAGCAGCAGCAGCAAACCAACACGCUGAUUGCGGAGCUCCGGGAUGCGGCCACCCGCCAGGCUGUGGCCCUCGAACAGCUGGCAACCGAGGCCAGGCUCCACAGGGAGGCUGCAGGGAGGCAGGCUACAGCCCUGGAGGCCAUCCUGCAGCAACAGGGCCAGGCUUUGCAGGAGCUGCGCAGCGUGGGGGCGCUCUCACGGGCCAUUGCAGCGGCACUGCGGCGGCCUGCACAAUAAUUUGAAAUUUUGCUAUAUUCUUUGAUCUGCAACAAAGACUGCUGCAGUUUUUUUUUUUUAUCUGCAGCAAAGCCUGCUGCAGUUUUUUUAUCUGCAGCAAAGACUGCUGCAGUUUUUUUUUCUGUAGCAAAGACUGCUGCAGU